AAGCCCCAGAGGAAGGACUCACACUAGAUGGGAGUAGAGAGAGAAAGAGACUGAAGCCUGAAGAGGUAGAAAGCGUCUCAGUCGCUGAAAGGUUAUAUCAUACACCACAUACAUGGCCUCCGAUCAAGCAUCACCCAGCGAGACCUGCUCACUGGAGAAGCAUCUAACAUGCUCCAUCUGCAUGGAUUCCUUUGUGGACCCUGUCACUACUGGUUGUGGCCAUUCCUUUUGUCAGGACUGUCUGAGCCGCAACUUUACACUGAAUGACAUGUCGUGCCCCCUAUGCAAGAAGCAUCAGAGCAAAAUACCAGAUGUUAACAUCACCCUGAGGAGCAUUGUCGAGCAGGUGAAAAAGACCCAGGAGCCAGACGAUGAUAAGUACACCGGGGCGCCCGGCGAGGUGGCCUGUGACAUUUGCACGGAGCGAAAGCUGAAGGCGGAGAAGUCCUGCCUUUUGUGUCUUGCCUCGUAUUGUUCGACCCACCUGGAGAAUCACUCUUCAACCGGAAGGCUGAAGGGUCACAAGCUGGUGAAACCUGUGAAGGAUUUGGAUGAGAGGGCCUGUCUGCAGCACGGACGCCCCUUGGAGCUGUACAGCAGGAAGACGGAGACAUGCAUUUGUGUUCAGUGCAUGGGUGAAGGGCACGAGGAGGUUGUUUCUACGGAAGACGAAUGGAGCAAAAAGAAGGCUAAGCUUGAAGGAUCCAUCGUGGAGUUAGAGCAGAAAAUUAAGAGGAGACAAACACAGGUGGAUGAGAUUAAUGCAUCUCUAAAGACCUGCAAGGAGCAGAUUGAGAACGAGUGGUGGGAAAUCGAUGGCGUGUUCACAGCUGUGAUUGCCAUCGUGGAGAGAGCCCAGGCAACAGCGCUUCAGCCACUCGAGGACCGGAGGCAGGCCGUGGAGAAAGAGGCGGAAGACCUCAAAGGAGAGUUGGAAGCAGAGAUCAGCGAGCUCGAGAAGGCCAUCGCUCAGCUGAGCGAUAUAUUUACGCUUGACGAUCACAUCCGUUUCCUGCAGAUUUACUCAUCUCUCCAAAACACUGACAAGAUCAAAGACAAGGAGGUGGAGUUCGACACGUCGCUGUCUUUUGGCACCAUGAGAAAAACCACGACAACCCUGCUGGAGCAAAUCGAACAGGAACUGGAGAAGCUGACCUCCACCGAACUGCAGAGAGUUCGAAAGUUUGCAGUGGAUGUGAGGCUCGAUCCAACCAGUGCCCACCAACGCCUCAUUCUUUCUGACGAUGGGAAGGAAGUGAAAGAUGGCGGCGAGGACAAGGAAGCGGAUGAGGCUCCCGAGAGGUUUGAUCUGUAUGCCAGCAUCCUGGGGCGCAACAGUUUGACCUCUGGGAAGUCCUACUGGGAGGUGGGGGUCAGCAACAAGACGGGGUGGGACCUGGGUGUGGCAAGAGGCGACGCAAACCGUAAAGGGAUACUGUCGAUGAACCCGGAUAACGGUUACUGGGUUACUGUUCAUUAUGAAGAUGACAAGUACGCAGCCCUGACAGCACCACCACUUCGUCUUUGCCCAGAAGAGAAACCGAAGAAAGUGGGCGUGUUCGUGGAUUACGAGGAAGGUCUCGUGUCCUUCUACGACGUGACGGCUGAGUCUCACAUUUACUCGUUUACCGAGUGUUCGUUCAAUGACAAGAUCUUUCCAUAUUUCAGUCCGCAUGUAAAACAGGCUGACAAAAACACCGAACCUUUGAUUAUUUCUGCUGUGAAUGCGUGUGAGGACAUGCUUAUCCCAUGAAGAAAAUGUGAGUUUGCCUUCCAGGUUUGCUCCAGUUGUACUUUUGCUGGGUAGUUAGAGAAGUCUGGGUGGAGCAAAAAAUGAUGAAUACGCAACAAGGUGUGCUGAUAUAUGAAAUCAACCAGCCUCGUUGUUCUGGAGGUACAAUGCUACAUGCUAGCACCUUACGUUUCCCAACGGCAUUGGCUCAAAAUAACAUGCAGAACUCGAUAUUCUUUCCACUAAGUAGCUAGGUGGUGCAUCCAAAGGUGGUGCUGUAAUUUGAAUCCACAGAAAAAUAAUGAGUGCAUUUAUUAAUUGUAGUGCUUAACUGUAUAUGUUCCUUGUUAAAUAACACUGUAUUUGAUGGAUGUAACCAAUUGGAAAGAGUGUACAAUGUGAGUAAUGUGUAAAAUAGACGGGGACUUCAGGCAAGUUAGUGCAUUUUCAACAUGCUGUCGUCAAAUACUGCAACUCUGUCACUGCCUUAAGCUUCAAAGUAUGAUUCUCUGCGUACUCCACGAGCAUCAGUUUUGCACAUGCAGAGCUCUGAAGUCAAGUUAGCAACAAUAAAUGUGCGACGUCCAGUUAGACGAGAAUUAAAGCUUGUUGAGAACAACACACAUGGUUAACGUUGUGAAACGGUUGCAGUUAAGUUGCAUGGGUAAAUAUCAUGGUUUGAUUUAAAAUAAGUGCACUAGUUACGUAUGUUAGUUACUUACGUUAUAAGUUCUGUAACUUCCGCUGUGUAUGUUACGUAACUUCUACGUACUAAGUUAAAACAGCUCCGACUCACUUUUGGUGUCGCGGGACACAAACUCUGGUUUCCCAGGUGAAACUUUGACCCAUCCAACCGCCCCAGACUUGUCUCACUCUUUAUACUACAUCACACAACUUCAUCGGCGCAUGAAAACAACAUGGUGGAGGGACGCCUCCAGAAAUGACACUACAGGGGUACGUGCAGCUUUGGAGUUUGAAGUGUAGGGCCGCUGACCAAACUGCUGUGUUUGCUGCGUUGGGAAUGAAAACAGACUGGUAGUUUCCACCUUCUAUUGGUUGCUUGGCGAUGGUGCAAGUCCACCCUUGGCCAAGUCCACUUCUUCUGUUUUUGAAGUCGCUUGAAAAAAAUCGGUCCACAAGUUGCAGUUUUUUGGACGUGUUAAAGGAUAUGGCUGUUUGUUAGGAAACAGUAUUUGCAUUUUGAUUUGUACGAUGAUUUGACUUUGUGAGUCAUGCAACAAUGACUUGUUUACAUCGACUUGUUUUCGAUGCUGCGGUUACUUAUUUGUCCUGUGAGAGUCGACAUAACUGUGAUGAGGGAAAAUCCACUUAUUCUACUAGGCGUGAAAUGUGAAGUGUGUGUAUGUGCACUCUGAUAAGAAUGAAGCCUGAUUAUGAAUAAAUGUGCUGCAAUUACAUGUUCUGCUCUAAAAACCUAAAUAAAGUGAACA